UGGAACACAGAGCUUAAUCACAAUGAAUUCCUUCGCUAUUGUUGCCUUCCUUGCUACCCUUGCUGCCGCCCAUGCUGGACUAAUUGCACCAGCAGCGCAGAUCCUUCAAGGACCCAGCAGCAGGACUACCCUCGUAGGACCCGAAGGAAGCGUGAUUUCCUCUGUAGCUCCAGGUGGCCAAGUCAUCACUGGAUCAUUGCCAGGAGCAGUGGCUUACUCAGCUCCAGUUGUAGCUGCCGCCCCCGUAGUAUCCACCUAUGCCGCCCCUGCAGUAGUAGCUUCUCCAGUUGUAUCUGCUUAUUCUGCUCCAGUGGUAGCUGGUGGAUUAGUCGGUGAACAAACCGUCGUUGCAGGACCUUCUGGAACUAUCGCUACUGGCAAAACCUUAGCAGCUCCAGCUGUAGCUGCUUAUGCUGCUCCUUUAUGUGUCCCAAAUACUUUAUAUUUGACAUUGGAAACUGGAACACAGAACUUAAUCACAAUGAACACCUUCACUGUUGUUGCCUUCCUUACUACCCUUGCUGUUGCCCAUGCUGGAGUAAUCGCACCAGUGGCGGAAAUCCUGCAAGGACCCAGUAGCAGGACUACCCUCGUAGGACCCGAAGGAAGCGUGAUAUCCUCUGUAGCUCCAGGUGGCCAAGUCAUCACUGAAUCCCUGCCAGGAGCAGUAGCUUACUCGGCUCCAGUUGUAGCUGCCGCCCCAUUAGUGUCCACCUACGCUGCCCCAGCAGUACUAGGUUCUCCAAUAGUGUCUGCUUACUCUGCUCCUGUGGUAGCUGCAGGAUUAGUCGGCGAACAAACCGUCGUAGCAGGACCUUCUGGAACUAUCGCUACUGGCCAAACCUUAGCAGCUCCAGCUGUAGCUGCUUAUGCUGCUCCUAUUUGGUAG